AUGGCUCAGCUCCUGCAUAACUCCCGGUCGACACUGGCCAAGUUGUUGGUGCUGGCUUUAUCUUUUUCAAACCUGGCACACUCGGGUGGCAUCGUCCAAGACGCGAAUGGCCUUGCAGAUUCAUACGACUAUGUCAUCGUCGGAGGUGGAACUGCGGGGCUGACGCUGGGUGACCGCCUGAGCGAGGACGGCAAGAACUCGGUGCUGGUGGUAGAGUACGGGGAUUUGGUCAACGUGUCGGCAAUCACCGAAGUCCAGGGAGGGUUCCAGGGCAUGAACCCGGAAUUCAUGUUCAGCCUGACGUCUGUCCCACAAACAAACCUCCGCAACCGCCGCGCGGGCGUCUUUGCCGGCAAGGUGCUGGGCGGCACGUCGGCCAUCAACGCCAUGAUGGCCAUCCGCGGCACGGCCGAAGACUACGACCGGUGGGGCCGGUUCUUUGGAGCAAACUCGACCUGGAGCUGGGAGGGGAUGCUGCCCUACUUCAAAAAGGCCAUCAGCUUCAUCCCGCCGGGGCGCGAGGUGGCCCUGGCCUCCAACAUCACCUACGACCAGCGGCUGUGGGGCAACACGUCCAGGGUCUUUGCCAGCUGGCCGUCGUACCAGUACCCCAGCACCAAGGCCAUCGUGGACGCCUUCAGGGCGGUGCCGGGCGUCGAGUUUCCCCGCGACGGCGGCGAGGGCAGGACGGGCGUCUACUGGUAUCCGCAGUUUAGCCACCCGCAGACGGUGACGCGGUCCUUUUCGCGGACGGGGCAUUGGGACGAGGUGGACAGGGAGAAUUACGAGGUGAUUUUGAACUCAAAGGUGACCAGGGUUCUCUUUGAUGGCACGAGAGCUGUCGGGGUGGCUUUUGUGCAGUCGGAGGGAGGUGCUGGACUGGCAACGACGGUCAAUGCGAGGAAGGAAGUCAUCUUGUCUGCGGGAGCCAUUCACAGUCCGCAUAUUCUGCAACUUAGUGGCGUGGGCCCGAGGAGACUGCUCGAGUCGGCCAAGAUUCCCGUUGUUGCCCACGUUCCAGGGGUUGGCCAGAACUUUCAGGAUCACCCGACGCCGUCGGCCAGCUUUGAUCUGCGCAACUUCCCCAUCCGCCCCGUCCGUCAAGACUUUACCAGCAACGCCAGCUUCCGAGCCUGGGCCGACGACCUCUGGGCCGCCAGCAGACAGGGCCCCCGCUCCAUCGCCACCGGCAACGUGGCAGCCUGGCUGUCGCUGCCCGUGAUCUCGCCCGCCCGCCACGCCGAGAUCGCCGACGCGCUCGCGGCCCAAGACCCCGCCGCCUGCCUGCCCGCCGACGCCGACGCGACCGUCGUCAAGGGGUACGGCGCGCAGAUGGCGUCGUACGCGGCGGCGAUGCGGCGCAACGACACGGCGUUUUACAACUUGGUCGUCAACAGCGGCGGCGCGCCGGGCAGCAGCGUCGUCAGCCUCGACGGCGGGUCGGCCGAGGGCUGGCUCGUGGCGCUGCACCAGCUCAGCCGGGGCAGCGUCGACGUCGACCCCGCCGACGCGUGGGGCCGUCCGCCCGUCGUCGACUACCGCGCCCUGUCCAACCCGCUCGACAGGGACGUCAUGGUGGAGAUGAUUCGCUUCACGCGCCGCUUCUUUGUGGACAACCCGGCCAUGGCGCGGUACGAGCCCGUGGAGCUGCAGCCCGGCGCCGCGGUCGUGAGCUUCGAGGCCCUCAGCGCCACGCUGCCUGGCACGGUGAGUCCGACCAUGGGUCAUCCGGUCGGGACCUGCGCCAUGAUGCCGCUGGAGUUGGGGGGUGUCGUCGAUGAGGAGUUGAGGGUGUAUGGGGUGCAGGGGCUGCGGGUCGUGGAUGGGAGUGUCAUGCCGACUAUUGUGGGGGCGAAUCCAUCUCAGACCAUCUAUGGUAUUGCUGAAAAGGUGUGUCUGAUCUUUGAAUCUGUUGGCUACAACUACCGUCUCGAUCGCUAA